GAACAAGUUCAGGACAAACAACAUAUUAAUCCUUUUUAUAUCAUGUAACAGGGGAUGAUCUUUCCUUGGCCCAAUUUAAAAUCCCCUACAAACCCUUCUUCCUUCGCACAACAAAUUUUCGACUCAUUGGUUUCAGUUCAGCUGCUCCGUAUUAUAUAGUCAACUACUAUGGCAACCAGAAUGGCUGUUAGAUACGUUUCUCGUAGGUUCUCGAGUGGGAGUGGGAAGAUACUCAGUGAGGAAGAAAAGGCUGCUGAAAAUAUUUACAUCCAGAAAACUGAGCGAGAGAAAUUGGAGAAACUUGCACGCAAGGGACCCAAGCCAGAGGAGAAACCGGAUGCUGGUUCAGGGGGUGCUGCGACCGAUGGUAGCACUACCUCUACAUCGGGAACAUCUGCUGAGAAAGUAUCAACCGAUAAGUACCGAAACUACGGGGUUCUCGCUGGUGUUGCAACCCUUGGUGCUGCUGUGGGAUGGUAUCUCAACUCUAAAGACAAGAAGCAAGAGGCCUGAAAUGGGGGUUAAUGCGAUUGGAUUCUCUAGGUGGAACAUGGCAUGAAUGGUUUACCCCAAUGCCCUGUUCGUGUGCAAAGUAACUGAAAAAUAAAACAAACUUUGUAAAGCAGCUUAUCAUGUUUUCUGAUAACGUCUGUGUUUGAAUCAGUAGUGUUCUUAUGUACCUCGAUGCCAAUCAUGGUUUUCUGCAUUGUCUUUUAAAGAAUCUUUGAUGCCAACUGAUGUUUUUUUCUUUUCUAAAUAAAGGUGUUUGAGACUUCAUACCAUCAAAAAA